AGGGCCGUGCCUCGUUAACAUCCGAGAAACAGCGUUUUGCCCACGAACACGGUGAAAUGAAAGAUCUGGCAGAUAUUGUUAGAGAGAUAAAACCGUCCGUGCUAAUCGGAGUCGCUGCCGUUGGUGGUGCUUUUACUAAAGAAAUCCUUCAGGAUAUGGCUGCUUUAAACCAACGUCCUAUUAUUUUCGCUCUCAGCAAUCCUACCAGCAAAGCAGAAUGCACUGCUGAGCAGUGCUACAAAUACACAGAGGGACGUGGCAUUUUUGCCAGUGGAAGUCCUUUUGAUCCUGUCACUCUUCCAAACGGACAAACGCUCUACCCUGGCCAGGGUAACAAUUCCUACGUGUUUCCUGGAGUUGCCCUCGGUGUUAUUUCAUGUGGACUGAAACAUAUCGGCGAGGACGUCUUCCUGACAACUGCCGAGGUAAUAGCUCAGCAAGUUUCUGAGGAGCAUUUGCAGGAAGGUCGUCUGUACCCUCCAUUAGUCACUAUUCAGCACGUGUCGCUGAAAAUUGCUGUGAGGAUUGCAGAAGAAGCCUACAGGAACAACACUGCCUCCACCUACCCUCGGCCCAAGGACCUAGAAGCCUUCAUCCGCUCUCAGGUUUACAGCACCGAUUAUAACAGCUUCGUGGCUGACGCCUAUAGCUGGCCUGAAGAAGCCAUGAAAGUGAAACUGUAAAUAUUUAAUGAAGAACGAACAAACUAGCAGCAGUUAAAAAGCACUAAAAUAUUCAGAACGUUUUUGCCUAGGAAGCCUAAGAAUAGGUAAUUUUUUAAGAUGCAGAAAACUUUUUCUAAACUGUAAUAUGUGGUUGGAAACUCAGAUAAGAAAUCAGACGAUUUAUCCAUCAGAAAAUAAAAAUUAAUCUGAGCGA